CGUCUCGCGAUCGUUUUGCAUUUCUCCGUCAAAGACCGAACGGUACCGUACACACGGUGCGCGGUCCUGUGCAACGGACGCAUUGUCGUAGGUGUACAUCGUAGUUGCACAAUACACAGGUAUACAAUAUUGUUGCCGGAAAAAAAUGUUCGACAAAAAAUCGGCCGUUAUCCACUUGAAACUGGUAAGCGAUCCAACUACCGUAUCGUUAUAAUGUAACAAUAUUAUUUAUAGAUGUACCCGCCGUACGGGUGGUUCGCGAAAUUCCCGGCAACGCGGUCGUCGUCGUGACGCCAGGCGACGACAGCGUUCGCGUAUACGGUUGUCGUGAACCGUGUACAAAGCCAAUAUUAUAUCCAAUUAAAAACAUAUUGUUACGGCGGUACAGUUGAUGAAAAAAAAAAAAAAAACCCGCUUAAUGAAUUACAGUUUUUCACGACCAGCGUCAUGGCGUUCCAGCAGUUCGUGGUCGGCGGCGUUUUAGGAUUUUCCUCGGUGGUGCUGUCGCAGCUCCAGAGACCCGAGAGCGAUUUCCACGUGGACGCCGAACAAGCCUCGUGGAUAGGUAUACGCACAUGUGUGCACGCAUUGAGCAUACAGUAUUAUUACGCGCGCACCGCUGGAUUUCAGCGCCGAUCGGGCAACGGAUGGUGACGAGGGAUUGUUUUUUUCGGCCGCUCCAGAAUACCGCAUCGCGCAGUACGCCCGCGAUUUUCCAACGAAAUUUCGUGACUUUAUUGCACGGCGUAUAUUGAAAACUCCCCCCCCCCCUCACCCCGUCCGCCGUACGGAAACACCGUUGAUCGGUUCGACGUUCGAAAUGUUCUCCCCGUUGUGUUCGCGUCGAUAUACACAUUCCCACAUAGUUCCCAUUUCCGAAUCAACAGCGAUUUGAGUGUAUUGAGGUGUCCGGUGGUCGUCGUGGUACAAAUCUUCUUUUUCGAAUUCAAUCGGCAGUACGGCGAGCGUUUAAAAAGAUUCGGCCCAGUGGCGCAAUCGUCCCGUAGACCUCGGGGGUGGGCGGACCUGGGUCCCGCCAUAACAUUAGACAAAUACAGCGGUGCGACCAAGGGGGUGUUUUAAAAAGAAAUUUAGAGGGCUCGAGACGAUACAGAGCGGGCGAUCCCCCUAGCCCCGACUUGAUUGCGUAACCGAUCCGGCCCGCGUCUGAAUUCACUGGACCACAUUCGCGUUUUCCGUCAUCAUUUUACCAUAAUAUUAAAAUACCCGCAGUUUUCCCACGUCCGCGUAGUCCGUGUACAAGUCUACGGUCUUUCGCGCCGACACACGGUGACAGACGACUCCCUGAUACGACUUCCUUCGGAUCCUUCCGCCAUAUCAUGUGCAUUGUAUUAUGCUUCGUUGUUUUCUCCUGUAUAUUAUAUUCGAAUCAAAACGCGUGAUACGAUUUUGGAGAGAAAAAAUAACAUGCUGUACAUAGUUAAUAGUAGCCUGAAGGAUUCCGCGGUGGUACGGCUGAAAAAAAUAAUGGAAAUUAAAUAUUUUCUACCUAUUUGAAAUUCCAUGUAAAGUAUUACGAGACAGCGGCGGAUCCAGACAUUUUUUAAAGGGGGGGGGCACAUUAUUUAUAUUUUUGAUAAAUUAACUAUAUUAAAUUAGUAUAAAAUAUAUCAAUAAAAACUGUAGUCCAUUGACAGGGGGGGGGGGCACGUGCCUCUGUGCCCGUGCUCCAUCUGCAGUAUGUAAAUCUGCUAGUAUCGCACAAAAAAAAAAAAAAAAACUAAAAUUGUCAUAUCGAUGAGACACUAUUAUUAUAAUAAGUGUAAAUGUUCCGCAGCCAGUCUUCCGCUGUUGUUGUGUCCGAUCGGUUCGCUGGCGUUCGGCUAUUUGUCCGACAGAUUCGGCCGCAACUAUGCCCUGCAACUGACGUACAUCCCGAUGCUGCUGAGCUGGAUCAUCAUCAGCAACGCUUGGUGCGUGGAAUGCAUUUAUGUGGCAAGACUCCUGGCCGGACUGACUACCGGUGAGUAGUGUUUUGUUUUUAAAUUUUUGUUCGAAAAUAUUAUAAUUUAUAAUUAUAACACCCCAUCCCUCCUCCCCACCGAUAAAACGGUACGUGACAAAAAGAUAAAUAAAACAUCCGAACAUUUUUAGUUAAACAUUUAUAAUAUACGCACUGUCUUCGAAAUUGUAUACAAAUAUGCAAACGUUUUUAUUAAUUUUGUGAUUCGCAUAUUAGUUUUACUUUCUAGUACGUUUUAAAGUUUUACGAAACUAUGGGUCCAAAAGGGUCGACCUCAAUUUUUGCCCCAAUUGAGUUAAAAUUUCUAACAUAUACAUCUUGAUACGCCUUGGCCUUCUUAACUUUUUAUGUUCAAACCCUUUAAACUUAAAUUUGAUAUAUUGUAAAAUAAAAUGCCUACAUCAAUUUUAAUUUUAAAAACUAUUAAAAGUCCUAACUACCGAAAUUUAUAUACAGGAUGCACAGGACACUAAGCGUGUUCACCCCAUUUGUUUGAUUAAAUUUUGCACAUUAUAUUGAAAUUCUGAUUUUCGGAAUUUUUAAAUGUAGUCAAAGACGAAAUUUUCGAAUACUUAGAUUUUUCACAGCGAAUAUCCUGUGGUGAUACCAACUUUGGUUUUUCAAAUGAGAACCUAUAUUAAAAAAUUUCCUAAAGAAAUGUCGUGUUACCUACUUUAAAUACAUUUGUAAUUUCCGUCAACCCUUUGACGAGAUAAUUCGCUUUUAAAUUUAGAUAAGAGAUAAGAGCAUGGUGGAGUGUCAUUUGUGUGGCAGCGCGGCGCGCGGCGUUUUAUUGGCUAAUGCUAAGUGAAGUAACAUAAAAGUAAGAUUGGCCCUUUUAGACCCGAGCCACAGAUGUAAUGUAUAAAUACGAAAUUAAUGUACAAUUAUUUCUCUAAUUUUGAUGAAAUCGAAAUAUUCAUUUAUAAUAUAAUAAUAUUAUUAUUCGAUAGAGCUCUCAUCAGCACGAAUAUCUGUAAUGACAGUUCUCGUAUUUGGAAUGAUGUUAUACAGCAUUUAUGUAACAUUUUAAAUUCGAAAUUUGUACCCGAAUAUUUAAAAUGAACUCACGAAGCGCAGAAUAUUGUUUGGCGUCUUUACAUAAACCUCUUUUUAACGAGUAAUUUUCCAACAUUUUCAAUAAUAUUUUGAUCUGGGAAUGGCGCGGGCCCAGUGCCGUCAAUCUACACAUAUUGUCUAUUGUUGCCGCACGGGCGUGCACAGACCAUAAGCGACAAAAAAAAAACGAAAACAAUAGAAAUUGAAAAAAAGCUCGUGGUGUUCCGUAUCGAACACGUCAUGUAAAAAUAAUAGUUGCGUUUGAAUGAGAACUGGCCAAAUCUGUUUGCAUAUCAUGAACAUUUCCUCUCCAAAUAGUCCAAAUUGAGGAAAAGUGAUAGGAACGGGAUCAAACACCGUGGUGCUAUCGCCGUGUGAACGUACCCACAGUAUUACGGGCGUUUAAUUUUAGGAUAUGUUAGGUUGUAUGAUGCGAGUAAGAUAAAUUGUAACGCAUACGGGCAUAGUAUGGAUAAUUUUAACGCACAAUCACUGGAUAGGUACGCAAUGAAACUGAUGAUUACUUUUAUGGUUGUGUCGCGAAAAAACCUAAGGAAUUGGUCGAUAAAGCUAAACAAAGCAAUUUAUAAUCAACAAAAUUAGAUUAACUUGUUUUUUUUUUUUUUUGUUCGAUACAAUUAAUGUGUAUUGAACGCUGAGCGUUUAUCAUUUUGUCGCGUAUUGCCGGUGUAAAAUGGAAAUUUGAACGGUUCCGAAAUUGAAUUUCACUUCGUAUGAACUUUUGCGGUAUGCGUGUAGACACUUUCUGCGGGUUUUUCGCGUAGUUCCGUUUUCGCCGGUUUUCACUGUUACCGCAGAAACAGAGAGAAGGUGGGAGGGGGUUUUACGCGAUUCUCACAUUCCGAUUGCGUGCAAUGUCCCACGAAGAUUUACCCAUUGCGAUAUCUCACGGGAUAAUAGAGGAAAAAAAAAAUCAAAAUCUAUCCGAAAAAAAAAAAAAAAAAAAAACAAAACAGAAUUCGAUUUCUUUCUCGUCUCCGGAAAUAUCACAAUACGUCUCUUCGUAGUGUAUGCGCGCCGAAUAUAUUUCCAAUAAAAUCCGCCCGCUCCCCCCCCCCGCACGAACAAAAACCCGGAGAUCCGCAGACAGCGUAGGAGCGUACAGGCUACGACACGGGCACGCAUCCGCCCGGACCGUAAAACAGCGCGUAAGGCCGACGCGCACGCAGCAACACGCGCGCGUCGUGGACCUCGGAGGGACCUCGUAAUGGGCUGUCGGCGGAAAACACGUGUUGCCGACACGACGCCGGGGGUUUUCGUUUUGACAAAAUCGCCCGGACGAAACGGACGCCGGCCGCACAUUUGUCGCGCGUUAUCGCAAUAGUUCGGCCCGGCCGCAUUGUGAAAACGUAUUGUCCGUCUACGAACGGAACGCGGCGGCGGUACACGUUGUUGUUCCGUUAAACAACGCGGUGUACACGUAAUACCGUGUAACGGACCCCCGGACGUUCGGAUGUUCCAUUCUGACGCGCCGCGUGUUUGCCGUCGCCGGAGCGCGCAAUUCGCCGUAAACGAACGUCCUCCGGGCGUACGGCGGCGUACGCGCGCGUUGCGACAUUGUACAUUAUACCAGCUGAAUUAUCCGGCGUUGCCCGGAAACAAAUUCGUGACACACUGGAUAACGCCAUGUAUUACCGUUUACCGUCUUAAAUUCGUAAUUAUCGAUAAUAUACGUAAUAAUCUAAUAUCUAUAAAUUUAUUUUUAUCGAUAAACUUCUCGGAACAAUUUUAUUCUUAUCUACACGACGACGACGAACAAAAAUGAUAGGUCGCAGGUAGCCGGAGACCCGCCGUGCCGCACAAUACGUAUUGGCGGUGAAUAAUUAUAACUGUUAAUUACUCCACUAAAACGCGACAUUUUUGAAAAUCCCUUCUUACUGCACGGCGAAAAUACGAGAAGAACCUAUAUUCCAAAUUUCGAGUCCGUGCGUUUUCGAGAUACGGCGAUCGGUCAGUCGGUGGUAUUUGGAUUUUAUAUGGUAUAGAUUAUGUGCGCGCACCGGCCCGGGUAUUGUUCCGGACCGAAACGCGAUUAUCGCGGCGUAAAACGCGACGGACGGGGAAACGAGAAAAAAAAAAUAAAAAUCGGACCGCGUUAACGUACGACGUUGUAACGACAAUAGAAAGUGUUCGAUAAGUCGCCCGCGUUAGCGUCUCCCCGUGUACGCACGCCGUUCGCGGCCAAUGUGCACAUUGUUGUCGAACAAUUACGAAUGCCACACGUUGUCCGGUGUUCGGAAGGUUCGUUUCAAAAACAGAGAGUCACGUGUUCGCGUUCGUCUCGCUGAAAUUCCCGGCACGGUCCAGGAUCGGCGAAACGAACCGGUUUCUUUUUUCGUUCAAAAAAUUAAAAAAAAAACCAAAUAAGACCGUUAAUUUUUGUACGUAUUUUACGAUUCUGAGUGUCGCGAAGAAUGUAUUGGUUUUACAAAGAAGGUUGUUUUUUUUCUCCUGUGCUCAAAAAUUCUACCGGAAAUCUAGCUCCGGUCUAUACGACGUAGACCAUUUUCCAAAAGGAGAUUUUCUCGGAGCGGUACUUUAGAGAGGUCAUUUUUUCGAUUUUCCCGACAAAAGAGAAAAGGUUCGAAUAAACGUGAGAAAAAUGGGAAAAUUUGCGAAAAUAAUGCUUUUAUUAUUUGUUCAAUUUUGUUAUUUGUUGUAAUACAGUUAAAAAUAUCCGUAGGGACAAAAAAAUUAUAUUUAUGUUUUCUAGAUGCGGUAAAAUUUUCAAAACAUUUAGCCAUUUUUGAGCUAUUUAUAGACAUUUAAAUUUUUUGACUUUUGUAUGUAAUUUUAUUCGGCAAGUACUGUGUGGUAAAAUCGUUAGACUAAACAGAAAUGCAUGAAAAUUUAACAGGAGGUUCAUUAAAAGUCUUUAUUUUGUGGUAAAAAAAAAAAAAAAUCGAGUUUAAUGUAGUAUUUUUUACAUAGAGGAAUUUUAAUAUUAAAUUUUGACAAAAACCGUUUGAGUAAAAAUGUAUGUGGAACAAAUCUAAUUUUUAAUUUUUUUUUUUUUUUGAACAUAUGUACAUUGCCGAUUUAAGAACGAUGGUGAAGCCAGAAUUGAGCGGACUGACUAAGUUUCGAAAUUAUAACUUUUUGAAGUUCUGAUACUGUCUAGAUAUUAUACGUUAUGUUAAAUAACUCUAUAUUGUGUUUUUUAAAGAAUGUUUGACGUAAUCUAAUGAUUAUACAUACUUCUUGUCAUCCCAAGGGUCGCGAGUUCAAACCUUCAAAUCCGGGUGUCAACAAAAUUGUUUGCAUUUUUUUUUCAGAUGUCAAUCACAGAAGACAAUCGGGACAAACUUAUAUAUAUAUCUACUAUUAAUAAAUAUCAACAAAACUGUUAGAUUUAUUGAAAAUAUUUAAAUCGGGAAGUUAUACGUGUAAGGGUAAAAUGAACGAAAAAAUGCAUUCGUGUCUUUCCAAUAAACGGAUUAAAUUCCGGUACGUUACGUUCCGGCGAAUUCCUGAACAGUGAUCGGAGAACGACGAGUUCCAAUUGAAUCCGUUCUUUCCGAUAGCGGGCACGCAUACGCAGGGUGGUGUUUCGGGUUUUUUUUUUUCUCUGUUAAAUGGUAAAUAUCGUUGAAUUUCCAAUUUCGGCAAUCUAAAUUUCCAAGUUUGGCGUGGUGUCGCGGCCGUCUAGCACAUUUAAAUGUGAUUUUAAACGCUGAGCGAAUAGUAUAAUAAUUUAUCAUAAAAUACCAUACCGAUUACUGAUGUCAACGCGUCUGAUCUGUGCAACAGGUACCGGCGGCGUGAUAUACGUGUACAUAGCUGAGACGAGCCCGACGUACAGCCGACCGUUCUACCUGUUGAUCUUCACACUGUACGUGGGCCUGGGCUUGAUGACGACCGCAGCGUUAGGAGUUGUGUGCCACUGGCGCACCGUGUCCGUCGUGUUCGCCGUCACGUGCUUAGUCGGGUCCGUCGCCCCGUUCUUCGUGCCGGCAACGCCGAUGUGGUUACGGUCCCGCGGCCGAGAAGAGGAGGCCCGCCGUGCCGAACUUUGGUUCGGGUUCGAGGUAACGCCGCGCUGCAACGGGCCCGCCGCCGAAGCGCAGAUCACGGCCGACGGCCCGGCGUCGCCGUGUUCGGCCGCCGCUGGCGUGCAGAACCGUUGGGCCGUGUACGCCCAGCCCACCGUGUGGAAACCCGCGGCCGCUGCGCUCGCGUUCUUCUGCUGCCAGCAGGCCACCGGGUUCUACAUGCUGUUGUUCUACUCGGUGGACGUGUUGCGCGACUGCCGCGUGCCCGUCGACGGCAUGACGGCCACCGUGUACCUGUGCGCCGCCCGGCUGACCGGCACCGUUGUCAACCUGGUGUUCCAGUCAGCGCCCAAGCGCUGGCUGACCGUCAUAUCGGGGAUGGGCAUGGGCGUCGCGCUAUCCGUCGCCAUCUGUUACAUGUACACGGUCGGUCCAUCGGGCAGCGGCGGUGCAACCGGCACUUUCUUCGGCGAUGCCGCGGAGGGGCUGCUGCUUUGGGCGUUCCUGCUCUACGUGUUUUUCGCGAUGUUCGCGGUGCUGCCGUUGCCGUGGAGUGUGUGCGGCGAGAUUUUCCCGAUGGCUGUCAAGGGCACCAUGAACGGCGUGCUCCAUUCGUGCGGUUACGAGCUCAUGUUCGGCUCCAUCAAGGUGUACCCGUGGCUCGUGGCCACGUUCGGCAUUCGGGCCGUGUGGACCAUGUGUGCCGGGUCGUGUUUCGCGACCGCCCUGUUCGGCGCGUUCCUGUUGCCCGAGACUACCGGCAAGACCCUCAACGAGAUCACCGACGGUUUCAGGUCCCGAAAGACAGCCAAGCCCGCACUGAUAACGAUAAUCCCCUAGUUGUCCGCUUAUUGCAGUCCGACCGAUGUUUACGCUGUUUUAGUGAUGAUGGACACGCGCGCGUGCCACUGAGGUUGUGACAGGGAUGAGGGACACAUACCAACAAUAUGACUAUUCCGUAUUCGACGUAAAAGAAAAUCAUAUAUGCUUUUUUUAAAUGAACAAAUCCAGUAGGCAAUAAUAUUAUGACUACUGUACUCGUAUUAUAAUAAUAAUGUAUAGUGCGUAUAAUUUCGUAACUUCAAACAACCCCCCCCGGGAGAUUUGGUUUAUGAACGGACGCUCUCGAUCAAAAUUUAAAAUACGUGCAAAAAAUAUUAAAAUAAUGUAUACGUGUGUAAAUGAUACAUUUUUAUUUUCUGUACGUACAUAUUUUUUGAUACCCGUGUGAAAUCUGUAAAUUAUAAUCUUUAUUGUUAUGUUAUAUAAUUACUAAUUAAUAAUUAUAUAUUACGACUCCGUGUAAUGUAAAUAUUAGGCAUAACGAUGGUCAUAUUAAAUAUUGACCGUUAAGACUAAUUUUGUAAUUUUGUAAUUUUACUGUAUAUACUCGUAUAUAUUAUAAUCGAAACGAAUGUAAUUGUUAAAUUUAGUUUUGACUGUGAUGUACAUAGUGAGAUUGUGUAAUUUACGAUACCAAUAAUAAUAUACAGUAUAGGUUUACAUACAUUACUAUAAUUAGUAUAAAAUUACUGUAGUUAUAAAUUUCUGUACAUCUUACGCACAAUAGAAACAAAAUUAUCGCCUCAAACUUUCAUCCCCACCAUCAAAUGCCUCCCCCGAAAAUUGGAAUUUAGUCACCCGUUGUGUCAUAUAGAUCGUCAAGACAAAUUCACCCGUACCCGCGCUUUCGGAGGAGUGGCUCCUCGAAAAACAACGUUUUCUAUUAUUUAUAUUAUUUAGACUUCCAUAUGCAAGAUAAGGACUAAUAUAUGAGAUAAGAUUAUAGGGUAUAAUACCUGUAUAUGAUACGUAUGUUCAAAUAAAUCG